GACCAGUCUCGAACCAGAACCCAACCCACCAAGGGAGACAACAAAAGGAGACCACGACACGAGAGGAUGGCCAAGCUGAGGAGGCUCCCGGUCGGGCUCAAGCAGAAAAAACGACACGACGAUCAAAGGCGGCAAAAGAGUUAUCGCUGUUGCUGUUGCUGUUGCAGCAUCGCCAACCUCUUCUAUUGGUCGAUGCUCGUUCUCGUUCUGUUUUACGUCACAAACUCUGCUGUGAUUGUUCUCCACAUGCCGACAGAAACUCAUAGCGAUCACGUAUCAUCAUUGUUUCUUCAUGGCGUGUACAACAGCAGCAGCAGCAACAACAACAGCAGCAACAACAACAACAACAGCAACAGCAACAGCCCCGUUGUAGCAUCGCUCGCGGGCAAGGACGCGGGCCACCAGCCCAACACCACCAAGGCCACUCGCCUCGACCCGCCGCAAGGCCAAGACGAGCUCCCCGUCUUUGCCAUUUGCCUGCUGACGCGGGACGACGUGCCCAUCCUGCCGGAAUGGAUCGCCUACCACUACCAUUCGGUGCGGCUCCGGCACCUGGUGGUUGCCGUGGAUCCCGAGAGCGACACGGACCCCAAGCCCGUCCUGGACAGCUUCCGGACCCUGCUGGGAGGGAACUACCAGAAGAAGAGCCGUCGGUUGCUCGUGGAGCAGUGGGCCGACAAGGACUUCAUGCCCGACUACUUUGUGAGGGGGGAGUACGGAAAGGCCCCCAACUUUGUCGGCGGCUUUGGCGAGCCAGACGACAGCAAGACCUGGGAGGGGUGGUAUUCCAAGCAGAAACACAUGGGCAAGGUCCGCAUAAAAGACCAGACCUACGUCAACAACCACCGAUUCMGGCAGACCCGCUUUUUGUCAAGGUGCACCGAGCACCUGCGGGAAAAAUACAGCGGGAACCAAAAAGGCGACAGCAACCGCAAGAAGAACGUGUGGAUGGCUACCCUGGACACGGACGAGUACCUGGCCAUCAAUCCUUGGAUGCUCCUCGAGAGCGGAGCGGACGCCUCCGGUGCUCUUCCGGCCGACCGGGAAACGGUCGAUUCCGUGAUGAAGCUGGAACCGGCCUCGGUCCUCCGCUGGUGGGUGGGGAAACAAAACGAGCUGCAAACAAAGGAGUCCUUGCCKUCGUCGCAACACGCCAACCGAAACCACCCGGUGUGCCGGCAGAUCCCCCGGCUSCUCUUCGGGUCGGUGGAAGCGGCCAACCUCACCGUUGCGGCCGACAAGGUGGAACCCGACACCACCUAUGGAUUUUUCCCCAAGGACGGAACCAARGAGUUCCGCUUCGCGUCCGGCCUCCCCCGGUCGAAGAGCCCGAUGGAAACACUGCGGUGGAAGUACCACGCGGCCCCGGACGACAAUCGGAACUUCCAGCCCAAGGUCGUCCUGGACGUCCACUCCAUCCCGGACACGGACCAAGACAUCUGGGGGAACCACGUCUUCACGGUCCACCGGCCGUCCAGGGCCCUCUGCGCCCCCGAGACCCCCAACAACUGGAACGGGACCCUGCUGGAGGCUCCAAAGGAAAGGAGCGGUCCGGCCCCGAAGAAUGUGGAGGUCGUCGAUCCCUCCCCCGUGGUGGCCUACCACUACAUCGGGUCYCCCCAGCGGUACUUCGAACGGCGGAACGACCUGCGGAGGAGCCGCAAGCGGUACCUGGAGCGGAGCAACAUCACCCACGGGCACAGGAACGACCAGUGGAUCGAUCGGUGGCUCCCGGGCUUUGUAGAGGCGGUGGGGGUGGACACCGCGGCGAAACUGCUGGUCCCGAGGGAGCCGGUCCUAAAAUUCCCCAAAAAGGCCAAGGCGCGGAAGGACCAGAGGAACACCGAUGUCCGGCGAAGGUGAACCCAACGCAACGCGAGGGAAAAAUGUUGGUUGUGCCGAGCGAGCCAAGGGCAUGCAUUGCCGAACGCCACGCCACGCCAUGCAGCAUGGGACGAUUUCCUGGCUCGCCCCGUUUCGUUGGUUGGUUUGUUUGGCAAAAGAACUACGCCACCAUAGGAAAGGCCUUGCGAUCGUUUCUCCGCUGGAAAUCUCGACGGGUUUUGGUCUCGGUGGCACGGGUUUGGCAUUGCCCAUGGCUUUGUUUCGUCGGAGCUACGAUUCGUACAAAAGGAAGUCCGAGGUGUUUUCAACCAUCCAUUCGAAACGAAGGCAGUGUCCGAAAGCAAGAAGUUAAGUUGGGUGCUUUGUGGAUGGCUUGGUGAGGUGGAUUCCUUCCUCCAAGUGAAUCGUCCACGACACGUGACAACCUCGACGCCGGGUAAUUCCAUGGCGCGAACGAAAUGCCACGGCAGCUGAUCCCUCCGAGCCACCCGAUUCCACCAAAACAUGAAGGACUCUCCAACGAAAGCAGUUGUUCGUUGCUUCCAAAGUGUUGUUUCGCAAAUGGAAGAAAGAACAAUCCGUCGUCCAAGGAGACCGCGAUGCCCGGCUUGUGGAAAACCACAACUAGCUGUUGCGUGUGUGUGAGAGAGAGAGAUAGGGGUUUCGUUUCAGCGACGCUGCUUGCCUUCUCUCUAUACCACUAUAACCGUUAUGCACUUGCGCGAUUCGUGAUUGAUCAGCGCAGUAACAGCUCGGCAGGAAAGAGACAGCCUCUCACCAGUCGUGUGGAAAUCGGAUCAACGAGAGACGGCAGAAACUUCACGGCACGAAUGUUCCAUUCCUAGAAAACASCUAGACAGAAGUGCCGUGUUCCACUUACUGUAGUGCGCAUACACCUCUAACCAAUCGACUCCGCCGUAGUUUACCGGCGCAACAUCAGUUUGGAUCGAUGGAGGCAGCAACGAAGGAGGAACAGAAAUCCUACGCACCAAAAUUUGCAAUCCCAAUUUUUUGGGUGGUACACGCAAGACACACGGAAGAUGCCAUAGAAAAACAUAGUGGAAUGAUAAGGUCUCUUGCAUUUACUAAGAAUGGAAUUGAUGGCUUGUAAACAAAUACUGUAAAAACUUGUAGGUUCAACGAAUUUCGUUCCGGAAAGGAUGCUAACAAACAUAAUAGCACGAU